UUAGAAAGCAGUGACUACCUUUAAGAAUGGACUCUUCUCUGACUUGUCUUGAUCAACUGUAUGUCGUGUGAUAAAUGUUUUCAGGACCGUUGCAAGAUUAUGGAAAUCUACAACAAACAAUCUUCCAAAACUUUCCAGCAACACAUCUCCUCUAUUGGUAUCCAACUUAACAAAAAAAGAGCUCAGAGAGUUGAACAAAUUCAAAAGGUCCUUUUGGAGGAGAUCAAGAAGAUGGAGCUGGACAACAACAUGCUGCAAAACAUGGAGAAAGACAUCACCAUAUUCUGGAAAAAACAGAUGAUGACUUUCCAUGGUUACCAGAAGCAGGAAACCAAGAGAACUGAUACACUGAAGAAAACCUUACAAAGUAUCACUGGUCACAACUGGGAUUAUGAAGACGGGGUGUUCAAAUCAGAGAUGUGCCUGAUAAAAAAAGACAUGAAGUCGAUUCAGGACAGGCUUCUCAGUGAAAUGCACGAGGGAGAGAUCCAGAGUGUGAAGAGAGGACUACAUGCUUUGUUUUUCCCCUGAUGGAUCCAGGUUUGGAGGUGACCAAAGGUUACCCUACACUGUGAACCGAUGUGAUUGUCAACAUGUGAUGUUGUUUCUACUGUGCUAGUAUGCAAUGUUUUUACUCCAGAUUCUUUUGUUUUGUGUGGAUGCAUCCAGUUGUUUGAGAGCUGGACUUGUUCCUAAUAUGCAUUGUGUUUCGUUAGAGAUGUUUCUAAAUUUCAGAAGAAUGUUCUUUACUAUCCAGUGAGAGCUAAAGAAAGUCCCCUUGGUGUUGGUGCAAACAGGGCAUUAGCCUCUGCAUGGCUUUAAUAUUUUUAAAACACUGUAUUUAUGUUUUAGUGAAAGAUGUUUAAGUAAUAAAAAACAUAAUCCUAAAUGUAUUUAAUUGUUUUUAAACCUCUUGUUAAAGCCAUUCUUAAUUGGAAAUAAAAUCGUUUGAGAAAUUAAUACACUGCCCGUUCUUAAAAAACAUGUAUUUUGAAGACAGUUUUGAAGUAGUGCUUACAAAGGUAUUUCUCUUUUCAGUGAAGACACUAUCAGUCCCGUUCUGAUUGACAUACUGUAUGUACAGUCAAUAUCAAAUUCCUCCCCGACGCAUUCUCACCCGACUUCACAGUCUGUACACAGUCCAAGUGACACAUUAUUCAUCAGUUAAGAAAAGGUGGUCACAUGCACUACUUCUUCCCACUACAUGGAUUCACACCGAUUUGUCAAAGUAGUCCUUGAAUUAGUACAAAAAA